CAACAGAGGCCGUCGUAAUCAUCGUAAUAUCGCCUGUUUUCCUCUCGACUUCCCGAGCCCACCUCGAACAAAAACGUUUUCACGUUUCAUAUUUAUUAUUGUCGCCCGUCCCGUCGUCGUCGUCGUGUUUUCGUAAUCCGUCCACACAAUAAUAGUAUUAUACGCUGCACUGCUGCGGUGACGCGUUCGCGGUCCUCUGUUCGUCCGACCUUUGUGACUGAGUUGUCAGACUCACAAUAAUUGUCAUUGUUAUCGCUGCUUAUUAUUGCCGUUGCGACCAGACCAACGUACGACAUCGUCUCACGACUCACGUUGUCCGCUCGAUGAACAACAACGUCCGAUCCGCAUAAAAUAUAAUAUUCAGUAUAGUAUAAUAUAUUAUUGUUAUAUUUUCGUCUAACGUAAUCGUAUAAACGUAAUACCGUCGUCGAGAAGAACCCUGACGAUGACCGCUGCCGCGGGUGGUGUCCGCCUUUGCAGGCCGCUGGCCUUUUUUGGCCUCGUCGCACUGCUGUCCUCCGGUGCUUCGGCUGAUGCUGAAACCAUCAUCGUCCAGAGACAUGUCCAAAUGCUCGGCUCGCAAGAAUGCACUUACGGCCCGGCGUUUUGGUGCAAAAACAUUACUAACGCUGCUGGUUGUAACGCUGUCAAACAUUGCAUUCAAACAACUUGGGUUACACAGACAUAUCCGGAAGAUAAUGAUGAUAUUUGUACAAUUUGUAAAAAUAUGGUGAAAGAAGCUCGUGACACACUCACCAGUAAUGUUACAUUGGAAGAAUUGAAAGAAGUCUUCGAUGGAUCUUGUGAUUUAUUGCCAUUGAAAAUAGUUAAAAAGGAGUGUAAGAAAUUAUCAGAUGAUUUUAUACCUGAACUCGUUGACACGUUGGCUUCACAAAUGGACCCAAAUGUUGUUUGCACAGUUUCUGGUUUGUGCAAUAAUGCACACAUUGAUAAGCUUCUAUUAGAAAAUAAAGAAAAACAACCAGCAGUUGAUAGUGAACACCAUCCAUGUGAAAAAUGCGCUAUUGUUAUGAACAAAGGAGAAGAUUUAGUACAGAGCAUGUCUAGAGAUGAUAUUUUAAAUAGAUUUUUGAUGAUGUGUGGAGAACUGAGCAGUUAUUCCGAUGCAUGCAGUAGUAUUGUAUUAACAUAUCAUAAUGAAAUAUACAAUGCCGUUAAAAAUGGUUUUAAUAAACGUAAUGUAUGUUUGUUGAGUGGCAUGUGUUCAGCAGCAUUCCAUCCACAUGCUGAUGGUUAUGAAAAAUCAAUGAACGCUUUGAUGGGUGUUGAAAUUAGUAAUGCUGGAGAGCGAGGUAGGAUUCAAAUCCAAAAAUCUAAUGAAGUCAGUGAUGAAUUGACAUGUGAAUUUUGUGAAACCUUGGUCAAACAUUUGAGAGAUAUUUUGGUAGCUAAUACAACUGAAGAACAAUUCUCAGACGUACUUAAAGGUCUUUGUAAACAAACUGGAAGUUUUUCAUCUGAGUGUUUGGCAAUAGUUGAAGAAAAUUAUACACGUAUCUAUAAGUUCCUUGUUAACGAACUGAAUGGAAAAGUUCUUUGUACAAUUGUUGGUAUUUGUCCCAAGUCUCUUAACUCUCGUUAUAAUCUCAAUUAUAUUAUAUAGCUCAAGAAGUUGAUCCAUCAAUUAUCUGUCCAGAAUUGAAAUUAUGCCCAGUUACAGAUUUGUCUUUAACUUCAAACAAAGAUAGUGAAAGUUCAAAUAAUUGUCAAAUGUGUGUUAUAUUUAUGUCAGCUUUAGAAUCCGAAAUCUCUAGUAAUGAUACAGAAGAAGUGAUUAAAAAAAAAUUGGAAAAGUUAUGUACCAAACUACCAUCAAAAUGGAAAGGAGAAUGCACAGAGUUUGUUUCAACUCAAUUACAAAGUAUACUCGACAUGUUAGUUGCUCAAGUUAGGCCUGAAGAAAUUUGUGUUUUGUUGGACAUUUGCAAACCAAAGACCAUCUCUGAAAGUGCCGAAAACGAUUUAGAAACAAAUAUGAUUGCUACUGCUGGACAAAUUACUAUUGUGUUUCCGGGGUACAAUAUGGGACAAUUAAUGGCCAAUAAUUACAAAAUGUUGGAAGAGCCAAAAGUUCCAACUCCAUUUUGUAUAGUAUGCACAGUUGUAAUGAAAUAUUUGAAUGGUGAAAUCAAAGACAAAUCAAAUCAAGAGGAAAUAGAACAUGUUUUAGAAACAACUUGUCGCGUAUUACCAAAUGUAGAAGAAAAUGAAUGUCAAUCUUUUAUUGACACAAACUAUCAGCAAAUCAUUAAGUUUAUUACAAUCGGAACCGAUCCAGGUAUUGCGUGUAUGGCGUUAAUGGUGUGCGAUGAUGAUAAAACAGGAGGUAAACAAACUAUUGACCUACCAAAAAAGAUUGUACAUUUGACUACAACAGAACCUGCUGAAUUGGAUAGUUCUAAUAGUUGUGCUGCCUGCGAAGCAUUUGUCGCAGUGUUUGAAGAUCGUUUAACCAAUGAUUCAGUUAACAUUGACGAUAUAGAUUUGAUUGAGCUGUGCAAUGAAGUGGAAAUCGCACAUAAGGACCAGUGUAUGGAGAUGAUAGAGUCGUAUGCUCAAUCUUUCAAAAAUCUCUUGAACUACUUUCCUACAUGGAUGAUGUGCGAAAAAGUGGCAAUGUGCAGUAAAAAUAAAAGUGUUGCAGUCAACCAAUUUAGUAACUCCAGAUGUUUAGAAGGCUCGGAGUAUUGGUGCAAAUCAUGGGAUAACGCCAAAGAGUGCAAGGCUGAAUUGUUAUGCAAACGCUCUUCAUGGAAUGUAAAAAUCAUCGAAGAUUAAAGUGAUAUUCAAUUAGAUUAAAAUUUAAAAUUAAUUAACACUUAUAUUAUGUGAAAGCAAAAUCAAUAUUAUAAUUAAUGAUGACUUAUAAUAUUGAUAGUCUAGACUUAACAAUUAUUAUUACUUAUAAAUAUUCCUUAUUAUGUUAAUAGAUUAUGGUUUUUAAAUAUAUUAUGUGUUAAUGAUAAAACCAUAAUAAAAAUGAAUAUGUUACAAAUUUACAUUUUUAGUUAUACUACAAUAUACAUAUUUUUACUAUCUUUUGGUUUUUUUUUUUUUUGAAAACAUUUUGGAUUAACUAAUUUAUAAAGAAAGCUAUAUAUUUUUAUACUUACUAUAUGUAUAUCAAAGAGAAAACCAAUUUUUCUAUAAGAAAUAUGAACUUAGAAAUCUCACAUAAUGUUUUGCUGAUCAAAACGUAAAAUUGAGUGAAAUUAAUUCUUUAUUAAUAAUAUGUAUUUUUUUUUUAGAGAAUGUGUUUAUUUUGUACUUGCAUUAGAUAAAUUUGUCAUUAGACAAUUAUUGUAGUCCAACUGAAUAGUCUCGAUUUCAGCAUGUCAGACAAUAUGAAAAUAUUUUUAAUAAUACGCUUUAUGAAAUUAUAGAAAAAGUUAAAUUGUCAAAGUGUUUUAUAAAUGAUUAUAACAUUGCGACAUGUGACCCUUGUCGUUUUCGUUCAGCGACUAAUUUGAAAUUAACUGAGAUAUGUUUAAUUAUCUGUAAGCUUGUUAGAUGAAUAUUAAGCAGUAAAAAGCAUGUCAAUAAUAAAAAUCUAGUUUGCCUUAAUCAUAACAAUACAAUUUUGUUGGUCAACUUAAUCAAAUGUAAAAUUAUUCUUUUGCCCCUGACCAAACUGUACGAUACAUAAUCACCACCUGAGUUGUAGAAAAUAUGUAUUAUGGUAAAUGUGAUAUAUAAACAUAACUAUAAAUGUUAAAUAUAUAAUAAACUAUAUUGAUGAAAUCAAA